UGCUUUCAGACAAUGGCCGCCUUGGGCCUUCUAAUGCUUGUUGGCGUCCAUGGAACCACCAUAAUCAGCAUUAAAUACCCGCAAACACUAUUGCAGCAGCAGAAGGCAGGCGGCGAUGUGGGGCUGGAGCAUCCGCAGCCGGCAAAGCGGGACCUUAGCCUGAGCUAUGCGGCCACCAAUAUUGAUUCCAAAGAGGGGACACGAGUCAAGACCAUCACCGUGAUCAAGAAUGUGGGUGGCGUCGGCGGUGAAGUGCAGAGGCAGCAGCAGAAGCUGGCCAUCGAUCCGUCACUGCAUCAGAACGAGGAUUGGGCGAGUGCAUUUCGUGAUAACUUUGACUCCUAUGGGGCCCUGCCCGAUGUCCCCGAUAUAGACGAUUUGUUUGAGUUUGUUAAUCGCAAGAAGCCCGACGAGGCACCGAAGAAGGCACUGGAAACGGAGCCCAAACCCAAGCCAAAGCCCAAGCCCGUAGAGGAGACGACCACCAGGAAGGCCGUCAGCGAGCAGAGCGAGAGUAGUGGCAGCAGCAGUAGUAGCGGUAGCGGUAGCACUAGCACCAGCAACAGUGACAGCGAUGAGGCAGUGGUGGAGAAGAUCAAGGGUGAUGCCGAGCUGCUGCCACACAUUAAACAGGCGAAUAUCCUACGUCUGCAGGCGGCCCAGGCACGCGCAUCCAUGGAGAGUCGCCUGAAGACACGCGAGUCCCUAAUAGCCGUCAACUACUCGACGCCCAUGCACCAGGUGACGCAGUACUUUGACAACUAUGUCCAGGCAGUGCCCAAUGGCUACGAUUACUCCAAGCCAUGCGUUCCUCCGCCUGGGGGUAUUAGCUACCAGGUGACGACGCCCUCGGGACGCACCUACGACAUACCGCAGAGCAAUAGCAGUGGCACAGGAGGCGGCAAUCAUCCCUACUUGGCACCGUCGCUUACGAAGAAGACGCAGAUUCCGCCACAGGCUCCGGCACAGCCCCAACAGCCGCAGGGGCAGCAGCCUCAGCCUCAACAGCCGCCUAAUUACUCCUCGGUAAACUCGAUUGUGCCGCCCGUUGGCAAUCCUCCUCCUCAGCCACAGACGCAGCCUCCGUUUCAGCAGCAGCCGCAGCCCCAGCCCCAGCAGCCAAGUGGUGGAAUACUGCCGCCUCUUCCGGCAGUCGCCAAUGGGAUCUCCACCAGCCAGCGGCCCUAUGUGGCGCCGAGGCUGCGCAACAAUGGCCUUGGCAUCAGUCGGGGACCGGUGUCACCUUCGCCACCGCUAGGCUCGCCGCCCCAGCAAACGCCCAGCUUCCGCUCUGGCAUCUUUGGAGGCGGUGGCGGCCCAAAUCGUCCAAACACGCUGCGUUCACGUGGCCUAAAGUAUUGA